GGUCCAUCAUUGCGACACACAUACCGCUCGUGUGCUAUCGUAAUGGCUUCUGAGAGACGUACUGGGUUUUUAUUUGAGCCAAAAAGGCAAUUUUCAGAAGAAAAAAAAGAAAGUGACGACGGUAAUUCCACAGAUGAUACCGAUAUUAGAUUAGAUGAUGAUAGGACGGAAAAUUUAUGUUGGUGUACGUGCGAGAACUGCGUUAUAAUGCCUAGCAGAAUCGAGUGUGUAUGCUGCAGGGAGAAUGUUGAUAUCUGUCGGAAGAUGGACGUAAACAUCGAUAAGUGUAUUCAGUCGAAAGAGAGUUUAAAAACAUUGUGUUUAGACAAGGAAAUAUUAGUCCUCAUGUCUUCUAUAAAAGAAGUUGUUGGUGAAGAUCUCCGUGACCCGAUAUCUAACAGGUUGUACAGAUAUACAGCAUAUCAGAGUUUCACUUGGUGGAUCUACGGAAAAUUAGGCCGAAAGGUGAGGCGAAUAAUUCCUGCCUGUGUUGUAACCUGUAUCAGGGCACACUUUCCAGAAGAAGAUGUAACAAAUGGUAUACCAGUCUGGUUGGUUUCAAAUUUGGCAGGAUGCAAGAUGGUAAUAAAACAACAUAACAUUAUUGUUUUAGUACUUGUGUGAUUAUGUUAAUUGUCAUUACAAAAUGAAUAACCAAAUUAAGUUUUACUUGAUACAUCAUAAUUCUUACUAAAACAACUCAAAAAGAACAUAAUACUGAAAGUGAAAAAUAAGUAAAGGUUUAUGUAGAAAAUUGCUAAUGCAACAGUAAUUAACUUUUUAAACUAAUUAAAAAUCUAAAGCAUUUCUAAAUCUGGACAUGUGUUCCUUCACUACAUCAGCUUUUGUUGGUUUAGUCUGUCUGCUGAUAUUGCCUCUUGCUAAUUCGGGGACAUGGAUGGCUCCUACAUCUGCACCAACCUCUGGAAGAUAAAAUGGUGUGCAGUAAAUGAGAAAAGAAGUUAAAAUAAACAGGACAAUAUUAGCAGUUUUAAAUACUGCAUAAAAUUUGUAUUCACACAACAAAUAAAAAGUGAAACUCACUAUUUAGGAGUCGAUCCAAUGUUGCAUUGGUCAGUUCUUCC